AUGUCCCCGAAGCAAUCCAAGCGCAAAGCUUCGGCGGCGCAAAACGGAACUUCUGCAAAAAAGGCAAAGACUGCCAACGCCAACGGCUCCAGCUCUGAUGGCCUGCGCCUGCCUCAUUACAAGGCCCAGGAGGCCGAAGAGAACAACAUCGUGAUUCGAAAGUUUUAUCCCCCUGAGAUGAGCAAUGCGCGAGCCCGCGCCUACAACAACAAUGAGAUUCCGCGACCGAUCGAGACACUUAUCGGCGCCCUCGAGGACACAGCGAAUGAGCGACACCGAGUCGAUGUCAAGGAUGCCGUUGUUCACUGGUUCAAGAUGGACUUGCGCAUUUCAGACAACAAGGCGCUGGCACUUGCUAGCGACAAGGCAAAGCAGGCUGGGGUUCCUCUGAUUGCCAUGUUUAUCGUCAGUCCCCAGGAUUACGAGGCGCAUUUGAGGGCGCCUGUCCGAGUUGAUUUCAUGCUGCGAACCCUUGCCGUACUCAAAGAAGAUCUAGCCAAGCUUGACAUUCCUCUCUACGUGGAGACAGUCGAAAAACGAAGAAGUAUUCCAGACCGUAUCCUCGAGCUUAUGGACGAAUGGGGCGCAAGUCAUAUGUACGCCAACAUGGAGUAUGAGGUCGAUGAGCUUCGACGUGAAGCUGCCAUGGUCCGGGAUUUUGCAGAAAACGGCAAGGCUUUCGAAGUUGUCCACGACACUUGUGUCGUUCCUCCGGGACAGUUACAAACUGGUGCCGGGAAGCAGUACGCCGUCUACACGCCAUGGUAUCGCGCAUGGGUUGCCCAUAUCCACGAGGACCCCGACCUCCUUGAGCUAUACGAUCCGCCAGAGAAGAACCCGGCCAGCGCUCGCAAAAAAUUCAAGAAGCUCUUUGAUGCUCAGAUCCCAGAUGCUCCCAAGAACAAGCAGCUGGACAACCAGGAAAAGAAGCGAUUGCGCUCGCUUUGGCCAUGUGGAGAGCAUGAGGCGAAGAAGCGUCUGGGCAAGUUUUGCGAGGAGAUGAUUGGAAACUAUCACAAGAAGCGAAACAUUCCCUCGGAUUUGGGAACAUCAUGUUUGUCGGUUCACCUGGCCUCUGGAACAAUCAGUGCCAGGACAUGUGUGCGGACUGCUCGCGACAGGAACAAGACUAAGAAGCUCAACGGCGGCAGUGAGGGCAUUCAGACUUGGAUCAGUGAAGUUGCAUGGCGAGACUUUUAUAAGCAUGUUCUUGUGAACUGGCCAUACGUUUGCAUGAACAAACCUUUCAAGCCCGAGUACUCCAACAUUUCUUGGUCCUACGACGAAGAACACUUUGCUGCUUGGUGCGAAGGCCGAACAGGCUUCCCGAUUGUCGACGCAGCGAUGCGCCAGAUGAAGCACCUAGGCUACAUGCACAACCGAUGUCGCAUGAUUGUCGCCUGUUUCCUUGCCAAGGAUCUCUUGAUCGAUUGGCGGAAAGGAGAACGCUUCUUUAUGGAAAGCUUGAUUGACGGCGACUUUGCGAGCAACAACGGUGGCUGGGGGUUCUCGGCGAGCGUUGGAGUAGAUCCUCAGCCAUACUUUAGGAUCUUCAACCCUCUGCUCCAGAGCGAAAAGUUUGACCCCGAUGGUGACUACAUCCGCAAAUGGGUACCCGAGCUCAGGGACUGCAACAAAAAGGAGGUUCACGACCCCUACAACCGAGGCGCUGGUCCUAAGGCGAAGAAGAAUGGAUAUCCAAAGGCGAUUGUUGAGCACAAGGGUUGUCGAGAGAGGGCUUUGGAGGCAUACAAGGAGGGUAUACACGUUGGCGACAUGUAG